CUUUCACGAACAUUACUUAAAACUCAUUAGCUUCUGCACAACAGACUGCACUUCUUUUCCUCUAUUUCAAAUUCCUACUUCUUGAUUUUUCUACCUACUUCCAUUCUUCUUAUAAUUCCUUCCUCAAAUUUAUUUAUUUCAUCAUGUCUUUCAUUGGAGAGGCCGCUUUAUCUGCGUUCUUUGAGGCGUUGUUUCGCAAGUUUUCCUCUUCCGAGUUCCAGUUUGUCACUGAGGAGCGGGUUCGAAAGGAGAUUAUGAACUGGGAAACUAUGCUGAGGAACAUCCAUGCGGCGCUUGCUGAUGCAGAGGGGAAGCAACUGCAGAGCCAGGCUGUGAAGAUUUGGUUGGCUGACCUCCAAGACUUGGCUUACGACGUGGAUGAUAUCUUGGACGAGUUUGCGACUCAAGCUUUGGGGCGUAAGUUGGUCAAACAACAUCAAGCCACUACGAGUAAGCCUAAAAAAUUUAACCCUGCUUACUUCACUGGUUUACAUCUAAGUUCAAUCAAGUUUAAUCAUAAGAUGAUGUCCAAGAUUAAAGAGAUUACUGGAAGAUUGGAAGGUUUAGCCACUAGAAAGAGUAACUUGGAGCUAAGGGAGAUCACUUAUCAUGUUGGAAGGCCCAUGACAAUCCCAAGAAGGCCGCCCAGUACUUCUUUGGUGAACGAAGCUAAUGUACUCGGCAGAGACAAAGACAAGAGGGCAAUACUUGAUUUGCUGUUGAGGAACGAUGGCAGUGAUGCUGGAGUUUAUUCUGUGAUUCCCAUCGUUGGCAUGGGAGGGAUUGGAAAAACAACCCUUGCUCAACUUGUUUACAAUGAUGGCAGCAUAAAAGAGCAUUUUGAUCUUAGAGCAUGGGUUUGUGUUUCUGAUGAAUUUGAUAUCAUCAGGAUAACAAAGACAAUUCUCCUGUCAAUCACCUCCGAGCCAAGUGAUAUCAAUGAUUUGAAUUUGCUUCAAGUCAAAUUAAAGGAGAAGCUAUCGAAAAAGAAAUUCUUUCUUGUUUUGGAUGACGUUUGGAACGACAACUACAACGAUUGGUUGGCGCUUCGAUCUCCUUUUGAUGCAGGGGAACCAGGAAGCAAAAUAAUUGUCACAACACGUAGUUCCAAAGUUUCGUCAAUUAUGACAACUGCCGCAAACUACUCAUUGCAAUGCUUAUCAGAAGAAGAUUCUCUCCGAAUGCUUGCUCAUGACGCAUUAGAAAGAGAGGAUUUUACAGGGCAUCCAGACUUAAAAGAGAUCGGCUUGGAGAUCUUGAAGAAGUGUGAUGGUUUGCCUUUGGCAACAAAAACCAUUGGAGGACUAUUGCGCACAAAGGUUAAUCGUGAUGCAUGGAAAGUUAUAUUAGAGAGUGAUAUUUGGAAUCUGCCUCAACAUGGAAGUGACAUUAUUCCUGCUCUAUGGUUGAGUUACUAUUAUCUUCCUUCACAAUUAAAGCAAUGUUUUGCUUAUUGCUCUCUGGUCCCUAAAGAUUAUGAAUUUGGUGAGGAAGAAAUAGUUCGAUUAUGGAUGGCUGAAGGUUUUCUCAAUGGACCAGAAACUAAAGGGCAAAUUGAAGAUUUGGGCAGCCAGUGUUUUGAAGAACUGGUAUCAAGAUCAUUCUUUCAAGUAUCUAGCAUGGAUGAGUCUCUAUUUGUAAUGCAUGACCUGAUUAAUGAUCUAGCUCAGUUCGUUGGAGGAGAAAAAUAUUUUAAAAUAGAGAGAAAUGACGAAAUGAAGCACCCAAGUCGCGCUUGCCACUCCUCUUACAUGCUAGGCCACUAUGACAACAUCAAAAAGUUUGAGUCCCUUUUAGAAGCGAAGUCACUACGGACGUUCUUACCCUUUAAGAUGCCGGGGACGUACGAGUGCUUCUUAAGCAAUAACGUUCUUAAUGAUUUACUGCCGAGAUUGAAAUGCUUGAGGGUGCUCUCUUUGAAAAGGUACCGCAUCACUAAAAUACCAGAUUCCAUUGGAAAUUUGAGACAUUUGCGCUAUCUAGAUUUCUCUCAUAAUUACAUGAAAGGUCUCCCUGAUUCAAUAUGCGCCCUUUAUAAUUUAGAGACUCUUUUAUUAAGGCGUUGCCUGUGGAUUGAGAAGUUACCUACAAAAAUAGGAAUGUUAGCCAACCUUUGCCAUCUAGAUAUUGCCGGUGCAGAUUCAAUGAAGGAAAUGCCAAGUGGAAUUGGUAAAUUAACAAAUCUCUGUGCAUUGUCUAAUUUUAUUGUGGGCGAAGGCGAUGCAUUGAAUAUAAGAGAGUUGCAGAAUUUAUCAAAUCUCAAAGGUCGGCUUUCUAUUUCAGAGUUACAGAAUGUGAAUGCAGCUCAGUAUGCAGGGGAAGCUAAGAUAUCAAGUAAGUCUGACCUCGAUGAUUUAGAGCUGGAGUGGUGUAAAGACUUCAGUGAAAAUUUAAGAAAGAAAGAAGUCCAGACAGAGGUGUUGAACUUGCUUCGACCAAAUGAAGUGCUUAAAGCGCUUGCCAUCAGGUAUUAUGCUGGAAUAGCAUUCCCAAUUUGGACAGAAGAUCCUUCAUUUAAAAAUUUGCAGUCAUUGAAGUUUGUAAAUUGUCCAAAUUGCACAUUAUUACCUGCACUUGGAAAACUACCUCUUUUAAAGGAUCUUUAUAUCGGGGGAAUGAAGAGCGUAACUAGUGUUGGCAAUGAGUUCUAUGGAGAGAAUUGGACAAAUGCGUUUCCAUCGUUAGAGAAAUUGCAUUUUCGAGAUAUGCCGGAAUGGAAAACGUGGAAGCCAUGUGAAGUUGAUGAACAAGGAAGAAAAUUCCGUUGCCUCCGAGAUCUCCUUAUUGUGCGUUGUCCCAAAUUGAUAGGGCCAUUACCGGAGUGCCUUCCUUCUUUGGAAAAACUUGAGAUUGGUAAUUGCCAAAAAUUGGUAGUUUCAAUUUCAAAUCUUCCAAAGCUAUGUGAAUUAAAAAUCGAUCGGUGUGAAAAAGUAGUGCUUGGGAGUUCUAUGGAUCUUUGGUCGGUAAAAAAAAUCACCUUUUCUAACAUUUCAAAGUUUGCAUGUGUAACCAGCGAAAGGGUGUCGACGUUAGAGAAGAUGAAAGUAGAAGAUCUCAAUGUUAAAGGUUGUGAGGAAUUGGUUUCUUUAUGGCAAACAGAGUGGGGUUGGUUGGUGCCUUUGAAAUCUCUUCGUAAUUUAGAGCUUGAAAAUUGUCCGCACGUCGUUUCUAUAGGCGCAACGGAGGAGGAUAAAGCAAAGAUUUUGCAAUUAGACAUUCCCUGCAACGUUGAACAUUUGGGAAUAAAAUAUUGUGAAGAGUUCCAAAAGUUAUCGAAAAGCGUUACAUGUCUUAGAGAGCUAGAAAUUGCAAAGUGCCCAAAAUUGGUUUCACUUUUGGCGGAUAACUUUCCCUUAACUCUUAAAAGUUUGGUGAUUAGGGAAUGUGAGAAUUUAAAGUGCUUAUUGGAAGAUGGGGAGAAUAUCAAUUUCAGCUGCAAUUCUCUCCUUGAAUUUCUUCAAAUUAGUUAUUGUGAAGCUCUCAAAUCAUUAUCAUCAAGCAGUAAGUUACCCGUUGGGCUUAAAAGGUUGGUGAUCUGGAACUGUCCAGAGCUAGAAUUUGUAGCACAGGAAAUUGGGGAUUAUACUUGUCUUGAAUCUAUUGAAAUCAGGUAUUGUAAAAAUAUUCUGUACUUACCCCAAGGAAUGGACAAGCUUAAAUCUCUGUAUAUUGCUGGGUGUGAAAAACUUGAAGCUCUGCCCAACCUUAACUCUCUUCAAGACUUGACCAUAUUGAGUUGUCCAAGGGUGACAUCCAUCCCAGAAGGGGGUUUACCUACCAACCUAACAAUGCUUCACGUCUUUGGACCCAAUAUUUGUAAGGUAGUAAUGGAGUGGGGAUUGCAUAGAGUCAACUCUCUUAAACAUCUCCAAAUUCAUGAUGGUAAUUGUGAUGCGGUGACAUUUCCAGGAAGGGGUUUGCCUACCAACCUAACAAUGCUUCACAUCUCUGGACCCAAUAUUAUUAAGGCAGUAAUGGAGUGGGGAUUGCAUCGACUCACCUCUCUUACAAAACUCUAUAUCGAUGGUAGUAAUUGUGUAGAUGAGAUGUCAUUUCCACAAGAGGAGAUCAAGCUGCCCUCUUCUCUCAACCUUAUUUCCAUCUCAGACUUCAAAAAUCUAAGGAAGCUAUCCUCCACAGGCUUUCAGUAUCUUUUCUCUCUUCAAUUUUUGUGGAUAAACAAUUGCCCGAAGCUCAAGUCCCUUCCCAAAAAGGAGGUGUAUCCCUCACUUUUGCAUCUAAGAAUUAUUGGUUGUCCAUUGUUGAGGAAAAGGUGCGAAAUGGAUAAAGGAAAAUAUUGGUCCAACAUCGCUCACAUACCAUGUGUUUACCUUCGUUAAGAAUUCAUCUACGAGAAUGAUCAAGAGCAAUGUACCACCCACAGCUUUUGUCCAGAUGUCCAAUCUUAGAAGAGAAUUUCCCAUUUUGAGCUGAUGGAUGUUUGGAUGUGGCCUUGUCUUGUUUCUACAAGAGGAAGAUAUAUAUAGCAUUGAUGCAAGAAAAGGGAUUUCUGUCUAAAAGGUUUCAGAAUCUGUCUGUCGAAAAAAUGGUGAAUUCUCAAACAUUAAUCUUUUGCAUCUCUUUUGACGACUAGCCUCUUCAUUUUGUAGAUAAAUAUGGUUGAAUGUUUCUUAAUUGCUGGUCAGAUGAUGCAAACGUGAUAGAAGAGGAACUGAAUAAAGAGAGCCUACUAGGCACUUUACGUUUCCUCCUUCCAUCCUCUUGUUCAUUGUAGGUAUGCCUCCUAAAACAUCUUCUCAUUAUUAUAAUUAAUCAGUUCUAAGAUUCAACCUUUCUCCAGGAAGUGGAAUUCUGCACCCUCUAUGAGCCCUUUGAGCAAUGACUCUGCUCAGCCACCUUCCAUCGAUGACUUUCAAAUAGUGAUGUUGCAUGUUUGGAUGUCAUCUUUUCUUCACGAAAUAGGUAGAAUGCUGCCCACCUUUUGUUCAUCUCUUUUUGAAAGUUAAGGUUUCUUCAAUUUGUUGCUAAAUAUUGAUGACUGUCCCCUGCGAUCAAUUGAUCAAGAAUCUGAUAGCUCGGUCCCGUUGUGUGAAUAUUGAUGACAGAUUCAUUUGUUAACUACAAAAAGAAGCAUGAAUUUUCAAUUGGAAGCCAGGUAUCUAGACACUGACAUCUUGUUUCGUUGAAAUUUCAAUUAAAAUGAAGAUCACCAUAAUAAGUAUCAUGUAUUCAUUGUACUAAAACAGGCAAUUGCAGAAUUUCUCCGUAAUGGAGCUGGCGAUUGAUAGCAUGCUAUUGUGUGUAACAAGUCAGGUAUUUCAGUUUUAAUUAUUUUCUUUUGCCUUUGAAUUUAAGGAAUUUAAAGAUUGCUGGACCUUUGGACUUUUGCUACUAUGGUACCUGCCUGAUUUUAAGUCAACUGUAUACUAACUGAGGUGAAAGUGAAAAGAAAGAAAUAAACAUAUUUUGUUUUUACAAAGCUAGUUGUAUUUCAUUAUUAAUCAUUCUCUUUGGUUGCCAAUGCUGCUUAUUUUUUAUAAUUGACUUCUACAUCUAAUUUUCAGAUUAUGGAAUUGAAUAGAUUUUUUUUACAAUACUAAUUUAUAACAUUGCAGCUUUUGUUUACAUCAGUUCUUUUCUCACCAAUCUCCAAUUUUACUUUUGCUUUGCAAGAACCAGAUGCAGUGAAGCUUAAUACAAGAAUAUUACACCAAGCAUCGAUCCUAGUGGACAUGAAGACAUAAGCUUCUUGGCUUUAGAGCAUGAGCAGGCUUGAAAUCCAUCCCUUUUCUUCUUUGUAAAAUGGUCAUUGCUUUCACUUGACUAUACAUGUCCUUCAAACUAUUGCAGGUGAGAACAUUUAGAGUUUUCUGGUUUGUUUCUGUUAUUUAUAUGCAUAAUCAGUGCUCAUUUCGUAUCAACAACUAUUUUGGCUCUUCAGGAGGUAUGUGUUUCUGCCAUCAUUAAUUGGAUAUGGACCAAAAGCAGUAUGGCAGUCUUUUGUCCCUGUUGUUGCCUAACUCCUUAUGCCAUGUAAGCAUCAAAGAUUUUUAGAGAAUUUAAUAUGUUCAGUUUUUGAUAGUUACUCCCACACAGUUAACAGAAUGCGUUUGACCUAUUAUGACAGGAUGAGUGAAACUCACUCGUUAUAAUGCUCUCAAGAUUCAGUGAUGGGAAGUUGUCUAGGCUGCAUUUCCUCUUCUAAAAAGGAUUCUUCCCAACUGGUUUCAUGGUUAAGAUUCAUAGCAGUGUACUCGAAUCCCACGUGGAAGAAAAAGAAUAAGCUUUUGGGUUCAACCAUGAUUCUAAAUUGCAUGAUUGGCAUUGUUGGAUCUCUUAAUCCUUUCUUCCAAAACGAGUGAUAUUAGAGACUAGAGAGCAACUUGGAAAACAUGGCUGGUGAUGCUGAUUCAAGAAAGUCCAGUUCUGAAUACUUGAUGAUGGCUGCACAGCUAUAUAGCUUGAGAAAUUGUUUCCCACCAAAAGGAAAAUUUGGUGUUUGUAAGUGGAUGCACAAAUUAAAAGAAAAGGAAGAGAAAGAGACCACCUUCAAUCAAAACAACCAGAUAUGUUGUGGUGUCUCCACAAACAGUCCACUUUUGGUGAGAUUGCUCUUGUUAUCGAAGAAAUUUACCUUUUUGUUGAUAUCUUCUUGUAACAUCCUGUGGUUAAACUAGAGAAGACUCGUGUUAUAAUCCAUUAUUUUGAGUAGUGAAAGAUAAGUGGGCUUGGUCCCGUGGUUUUUUCCCCUCACCAAGGGGUUUUUUGUGUAAAAUUUAGUGUCCUGCUUUUUAUGAGCUGAUUAUCAUUUCUGUUUAUUCCUUUGAUAUAUAAAUGAUUAAUUACUUGUCUUUCCACUUCCUGCUGUG